AGACGAAUGAUUAAAUAUUACUACCUCCGUCCUAAAAUAUAGCCACUUUUAGCUAUGAAUCUGGAUACACAGUUGUCUAGAUUCAUAGCUAAAAAUGCUUAUAUUUUGAAACGGAGGGAGUACAAACAACAACUCAAACCGACAAGUAAUAUGGGAUGGAGGUAGUAUAUAAAAACUGUUUCAAAAUACAAUAUUAAUUCAUUUUUAAAUUUAAAAUAAUUAAUUAAUAAUUAAUUAAAUAUUAAUUAUACACUAAUAACUUAUCUCGUUUACCUAUCUUUUCAAACGUUUUCUUUUCUCUACUCUUAAACAGAAUCUAAGUUUGUGUCGGAUGGUGAAUUCCCCACCCCCACCCCCACCCCCAUCCCCGCAAAACAAAACUUUUCCGUUCCCGUCCUCGUGAAAUACGAAGGGGAAAUUUUGCUCCCAUCCCAGUCCGCACGGGGAAUAAAUUCCUAUGGGGUCUUUGUCCCUAUUUAAAAUAAUAUAUACGUGUCAAAUUAUAUAAGCAAUGCAACAUAUAUUCACACCCAGGGAAAUCGGAGUCCCAUUACCAUCUCUAGUGUCGGUCGGAGCAAUAUAUCCAGGCGGCUACGAUGUGCCUAUGUGGAGUCCUGGACGAACGAAUAUUUUGGUGGCAUCCCAAAGUUUUUGUACCCGUCAUGUUCAACGGAGCAAACGAAAGAGACCGGCAGGCAAGCAAGCGGUCGAGUGGCCAUUGUACACCUGAGAGCUGAGCUGAGAUGGCUACAAUUCCGUUGCUUUCUUUUCCCACAUGAAACCAAGCCGGUAAACAUGUUCGUUGCCUUGUGUAUUGGGUUAACCAACCCAGAGACACCCGAAAAAUGAAACCGUGACAGCUGCACGCAGCAGAGCCACAGUAACAGUAGCACAGAGAGAAAGGGGACGGUGAUCAUGCCUGUACCAUGAAUGCAAGAAUGAAUGCCAGCUAGCUAGAUACUCCUACAGUACAUCACUUCCCCAACCGUCCGUGCGCUAACAUCCGACGUGACGUGACGGUCCUACUUUUUACUCCGAUUCAAUCGCCGUGUUUAGUUUCAAAAUAGAGUAAAGUGAACCAGCGGUCCUCAAACUUAUAAGGGUGUGUCAUCUAGAUCCCCAAACUCUCAAAUCGCAUUUACAGGUCCCUAAACUUGCUUAGCCGUACAUUGCCUGUCCAAACCCAUUUGACUCGGUCUGCUCGCUGACAUGGCUUGCCAACGUGGAGGGGAGGAGACAGCCAGGGUGGUGCAUUAUGCAUUAAGCCCCUUAUUUUUUCGCCAGCCCUCAGACGAUAAAUCCCCCACUGUUUCGCUUUUUUUUCCCCAUCGAGCUAAGCCGUGAAACCCUAGGGAGGCUCGAUUCGUCGCCUCCAUCUUCAGUUCGUCGCCCUCUUCUUCAAGCUCGGAUGCGGGGCAUCCAAUUGGUUCCAUUUGGCGUAUCUAGAGUGAAGCCCUUCAAUUUGAUUGGCGCCAUGGAAGGGGGCUCGAGUUCAUCGUCGACGAAUCGGCGGAAGGGAAAGGGGCGUUUCCCUCUGAUUAAGUGCCCUUGUUGCGAUUGUGAGACAAUCAUUAGGCGUGCGGCUAAUACGCCUGAGAAUAAAGGGCGCAUAUUUUACACUUGCCCUUGCCAUCAGCGAGAUGGAAUUGGAUGUCGCUUUUGGUACUGGGAGGAACAAUAUGAGGAGUACUUGAUUAAUACUGGGCAUCUUGCAUCUCGUGCUGUGCAUAUUCAGAGUCCAUGUUCUGCUGUGCGUGUUCAGACAAAUGCAAUGGUUCAACAGGGUGCACAACCAUAUGUUGAAAAUGAUGCAGAGCAAAUUGCUGAGCAGAUUAAAGUGCUUGUUAGGAGGAUGAACUUGUUGAUAGACAUUGGUAGGGAUAUUGUUGCCUUAUUGAGAUGUGUAGUAGCUGCCUGUGUGGUUGUUGCGGUGACAAAUAUGUAUGCUUUCUUUAGGAGUGGUUGAAAUGUGUAAUGUGUGAAAUGCACUAAAAAUGCAUGGUGUGUGAUGAAUAAAAUAGCCAGUUUCUUUAA